AUGCAGAAAACCAAUGCAACGGAAGGAAUACCGGGCGAGAAGUGCCGCGUUUGCGGGAAUAAGCCGGCCCGAUUAUGCUACGGAUCGGUGGCGUGCGGACCCUGCAAAACGUUUUUCCUACGCGUGGCAACGAGGAAAGCUACGGAAACACCUGAGAUUUGGCAGCUAACCCCACAAGAUCGGGGCAGUUUCUGCAUCUACGCCUGCGGAAUCCUCGUCCCGAUCCAACAAUUUUAUCACACCUUUAAAACGGGAUAUUCCGGACUGCUCCAAGGGCUUGGCAUGGGGCUGAAUCCGAAUGACUGUGUCGAGGGAAGCAUCCCCGAUUUCCUAAAAGCCACCGGCCGUGAACUCCACGAAAAAAUCUUUCCACUCCUUCGUCGAGUACGAUUCACUUUUGAGGAAUUCCUGAUCUGGAAGAUGGUCGUCAUUUUUACGCCUGGACCAAUUGGCCUGACGGAUUACAGCCGCAACACGAUACGCGUCGCACGACAGAAAUAUUUGUGGAUGCUGUCGAAGCUCGAGAUCGAUGCCCGGCUUGUCGAAGCGGGACGUCGCGAGGGCUGCUUCCGUCGUCACAAGGAAGGAACGCUAGUUGCCCUCGAUAUUCCACCGCCAUCUUCACCUGGACUACCAUCACUAACGGCAGAAGCUGCCCUUUCUGCCAUUUCCUUCCCAUCGACGUUCAUGAAACCGGUGGCCCAGGCGGAGUUGGGCUUGGAGAUCGGAAGGCUGAUGCGAGUAGAAGAGGAGACGCCCGAGAUUUGGGAGCUCGAGCCGAAGGACAGGAACAUGUUCAUCAUGCACGUCAGCGGCCUUGUCAUCGCCAUCCAACAAUUCUAUUCCACCUUCCGCUCCGGAACCGAGGGCCUGCUCGUCGGGAUGGGGCUGCACUUUGACCCUAGCGAGUGGCAAGUGGAAGAGGGGAUCCCGGCCUUCCUGAAAAAGACGAGCAUCCAGCUGCAUACCGACAUUUUCCCCACUCUGCGGGCCGCCCGCUUCACCCAUGAAGAAUUUUUGAUCUGGAAGAUGAUGGCGAUAUUCUCGCCUGCUCCUAUCGGGCUCACCGAAAGCGGAAGCAACGUGAUUCGCCGGACUCGAAACAAGUAUCAAAGCAUGUUGGUUCAGUUAAUUCGUCAAAACUGCACCGAGGGCGAGGCCAUCACCAAGAUGUACGCACUAAUGAAAGUGCACCGGUGGUUUGAGCGCAACGCCAACCAAGCCGCAAUGCUGGCCACAAAAACCUUUGUGAUGGGCGGCUAUGAAAUGAAUCAGCAGGAUGCUGGGCCCUCGAGCCAAGUUCUACAAUGUUUGGUAUGCGGCUCGAGGCCAGCGAGGAGGUAUUAUGGUUCUAUAGCCUGCAACCCCUGCAAAACGUUCUUCCUUCGAGUCGCCACCCGGAAGUUGCCUUAUACUUGUGAGAUGCAGGGGAGCUGCGUAUACCAAGCGGGUCGCCGCGAAGGAUGCAUGAGGAGGAUUCAGGAAGGCACUUUUUCGCAGCCCGCUCCGCCAACUUCGCCAGGACUGCCGUGUCUAAUUGAGGAAGUCCGCCGAGUCCAAUCCAUCGCCUACCCGGCGCCUUUUAUGCCGCCCGCUAGGGUCGAGAAUCUGUCAGAUGAGAUUGGGCGAUUGGCCCGACUAGAAGAUUUUUGCGUAGCCGACUCACCCUGGGUCAGCUUGCAGCAUCAAUUUGACUUCAACUUGACCGUCUCGAUUGAGGAUAUCUUGAAAAAUCCACAACUGAUUUGUCAGCGGGUGCCGACCCGUUUCUGCCUUCAUAGCAGUGGCGUCUUGAUCCCGAUUCAGUUAUUUUAUAAUUCUUAUCGUGCCGGGUAUCGAGGACUUCUACAGGGCCUUGGGCUACACUAUCAUCCAAAUGACUGUGUGAAUGGAAGG